AUGGCCGAUUUAACAAUACCAACGGAUGUACCACAAAUUCCUCAAGUCGAUAUGAUUAGUGCAACAAGUAAAUUACAACUAGAAGCAGCUGAUGUUCGAAGUAACAAACCUAAUUGGAAUUCUUACUUAAGGAGUCAAAUGAUUACACAGGAAGAUUACGAUUUUAUAACUUCAUAUGAGAUGUCAAAAACUAAGCAAAGUCGUGAUGAACUUUUGGAGAGUAACAAGAUGCAGUGUGCUCAAACAAUGAUCAGUUUUAUUACAACUGUUGCUAAAGAUCACAAUGUUCGUUAUAUACUAACAUUGCUGGAUGAUAUGAUUAUGGAAGAUAAAUCACGUGUGGAAAUAUUCCACAGUUAUGCCCGAAGAAAUAAACGUACGUUGUGGUCAUGGUUUUUAGGUAUUUUACAACGUCAAGAUGCAUUUAUCGUAAAUCAGAUGUCAUCUGUUUUGGCAAAAUUUGCAUGUUUUGGUAUGACACUAAUGGAAGGUUCUGAUUUGAACUUCUACAUUUCAUUUCUCAAAGAUCAGUUAAAAACUCCAAGAAAUGAAUAUAUCAAUACAACAGCACGUUGUUUACAGAUGAUGCUUCGAAUUGAUGAGUAUCGUCAUACAUUUUUAGCAAUGGAUGGUAUUGCAAGUAUUUUAUCAGUAUUGAGUGGUAAAACUAAUUUUCAACUCCAGUAUCAGCUUAUAUUUUCCUUAUGGUGUCUUACGUUUAAUCCGGCUAUAGCUGAAAAAUUUCCACAUACUGGAGCUAUUCAAAUUCUUGGUGAUAUUCUAUCGGAAUCAACUAAGGAAAAGGUAAUUCGCAUAAUCCUGGGAACGUUCCGAAAUAUUCUGGAGAAAAUCGAUGAUCAUGAUCUUGAACGAGAAGCAGCUUUGCAAAUGGUGCAAUGUAAGACUUUAAAAACACUUGAACUAAUGGAUUCUAAAAAAUUUGAUGAUGACGAACUGAAUGAUGAUGUUGAAUUUCUCGAUCAAAAGUUGCAUUCUUCGGUCCAAGAUUUUUCUUCGUUUGAUGAAUAUGUAUCGGAGGUUAAAUCAGGUCGGUUGCAAUGGAGUCCAGUUCAUAAAUCAGAAAAAUUCUGGAGAGAAAAUGCACAAAAAUUCAAUGAAAAAGAUUUCGAACUUUUAAGGAUUUUGAUCAAGAUUUUGGAAGUGCAAUCGGAUACAUUAGCUCUUUGUGUAGCAGUACAUGAUAUUGGAGAAUAUGUAAGACAUUAUCCGAGGGGUAAAAACAAGAUUGAGCAAUUACAAGGUAAGCAAGCAGUAAUGAAAUUACUUUCGGCAGAUGAUCCAAAUGUACGCUAUCAUUCAUUGCUUGCAAUUCAGAAAUUAAUGGUGCAUAAUUGGGAAUAUCUUGGCAAACAAUUAGAUGCUGAUAAUGCAGCAAUUGCAGCUGAAUGA